GGAUCAACACGGAUAAUACAAGAUGGAAGCGCACUUAUAGUUUAGACACAUUGCAAUACAUGUGGUAUACGGAUAUUUUCAAAUAAAAAUUUAAUAAGGAGUUUUUUUUGUUUUCUUAAGAUGGUUCGUAAAAAAAUAGAUAAUCGUAUUCGUGUUUUAAUUGAAAAUGGUGUUAGUACGGGACAUAGAACAAUGUUUAUUGUUAUUGGUAAUAAAGCACGAGAUCAGGUUGUUCUGCUACAUCAUAUGUUAUCAAAGUCCGUUGUAAAAGCGAGACCAUCUGUUCUUUGGUGUUAUAAGAAAGACUUAGGUUUUAGUAGUCAUAGGAAAAAACGAAUGAAAUCCGUGCAGAAAAAAAUUAAAUCAGGAAAAUUGGAUGUGAAUGAAGAUGAUCCAUUUGAAUUAUUUAUAGUUUCUACUAAUAUAAGAUAUUGUUAUUAUCAUGAAACACAUAAAAUAUUGGGAAAUACAUAUGGCAUGUGUGUUUUACAAGAUUUUGAAGCAAUUACGCCUAAUUUAUUGGCAAGAACUAUUGAAACCAUUGAAGGAGGCGGAAUCAUUGUAUUUCUUUUACAAUCAGUAAACUCUUUAAAACAAUUAUACACCAUGAAUAUGGAUGUUCAUCAAAGAUUUCGUACAGAAGCACAUCAAGAUGUUGUUGGUCGAUUUAAUGAGAGAUUUUUAUUAUCUCUAGCUUCGUGCAAAAGAUGCUUAGUUGUUGAUGAUCAUUUAAACGUAUUGCCAUUAUCAUCACACAACUUAAAGAUUGAACCUGUACAAAAGCUAACUUCUUCUGAAAAAUUAUCAGAAUUAAAUGUAUUGAAAGAAAGUUUAAAAGAUACACAACCGGUUUCUUCUCUUGUUAAUUGUUGCAAAACAAUUGAUCAGGCAAAAGCACUUCUCAAAUUUAUUGAAUGCAUAUCAGAAAAAACAUUAAGAUCCACUGUUUCCUUAACUGCAGCUAGAGGUCGAGGAAAAUCUGCAGCAUUAGGUUUAGCUGUUGCUGCUGCCAUAGCAUUUAGUUAUUCAAAUAUUUAUAUUUCAAGUCCAAGUCCAGAAAAUUUGAAUACAUUAUUUGAAUUUGUUUUUAAAGGAUUUGAUGCAUUAGGAUAUCAAGAACAUCUUGAUUAUGGUCUAGUACAAUCUACAAACCCUGAAUUUAAUAAAGCUACUGUACGAGUAAAUAUCUUUCGGGAUCACAGACAAACAAUUCAGUAUAUUCAUCCCACUGAUGCUCACAAACUAAGUCAAGCUGAAUUACUUGUAAUUGAUGAAGCUGCAGCAAUACCUCUUCCCUAUGUGAAAGCUAUGCUUGGUCCUUAUUUAAUAUUCCUUGCAUCAACAAUUAAUGGAUAUGAAGGAACAGGUAGAUCUUUAUCAUUAAAACUAUUACAACAACUAAGAAAUGAAACUACAAACUCAAAUAGUCAUGAGAAACAACAAAAUGAAAAGAUUAUUAUUGGAAGACAAUUACAUGAACUGACUUUAGAUGAAUCUAUUCGUUAUAAACCAGGAGAUUCUAUUGAACAAUGGUUGUGCGAUUUGUUAUGUUUAAAUGCUACAACAAAUACACCUAUAUUAUCUGGAUGUCCACCCCCUGAUAUGUGUCAAUUAUAUUACAUAAAUAGAGAUACCUUGUUUUCUUACCACAAAGCAUCUGAAUUAUUUUUGCAACGAUUGGUAGCUCUUUAUGUCGCCUCGCACUACAAGAAUAGUCCAAAUGAUUUACAAAUGAUGUCUGAUGCACCAGCGCAUCACUUGUUUUGUCUUUUGGGUCCAAUAGAUUCAAAUAAGAAAACGUUGCCUGAAGUAUUAGUAGUUAUUCAGAUCUGCUUAGAAGGUGAAGUAAGUAAAAAUACUAUAAACGACGGACUAGUUCGAGGACGUAGAGCAGCUGGUGAUCUUAUACCAUGGACUAUUGCACAACAAUAUCAAGAUCAAGAUUUUCCGGCGUUAGCUGGGGCACGCAUUGUCCGCAUUGCAACACAUCCUGAAUAUCAAGGAAUGGGAUAUGGUACUAAAGCAUUAGAAUUAUUAAAACAAUAUUACGAAAUGAAAAUACUGAAUAUUAACGAAUCAUCAGAAAUAUGCACAACAGAAAUAUCAAAAGUUCAAAAUGAAGAAAUGAAUUUGUUAGAAGAAAGAAUAGAACCUCGUGCCUCUCUUCCACCACUUCUCUUAAAACUAAGCGAGAGGCGUCCAGAAAGUUUAGAUUAUAUUGGUGUAUCUUUUGGUGUUACUGAACCACUUUUGAAAUUUUGGAAACGAGCUGGUUUUGUGCCAGUAUAUUUAAGACAAACAACAAAUGAUAUUACAGGUGAAAACUCGUGCAUCAUGUUAUAUAAAAUAAAUUCUGAACAAGAUGUUACAUGGCUACAAGCAUACUGGAAUGAUUUUCGUAAACGAUUUACAAAUCUAUUAUCUUUUUCAUUUAAUACAUAUCCAUCUUCGUUGGCUUUAAGUAUAUUAAUUAACAAAACGGUUACGUCAGAAAUUACAACAUUGACAAAAGAUAUAUUGGAUAUUUAUUUUACAUCUUAUGACCUAAAACGUUUAGCAAUGUAUAGUAAUAAUAUGGCAGAUUAUCAUUUAAUAAUGGACUUAUUACCAUCGUUAGCGCGUCUAUAUUUUUUAAAUAUGAUGGGUGAUACUAAUUUAUCAGCAGUUCAAUCGGUAAUUUUAUUAGGAUUAGGUUUGCAACAUAAAACUGUUGAUAAAUUAGCAGAAGAAUUAGAUUUACCACCAACACAAUUACUUGGAUUAUUCAAUCGUACUAUGCGUAAAUUUGUACAGUGCCUUAACAAAAUAACAGAAAAUUUUAUUGAAACAACCAUGAUGAAAAUGGAAACUAAUAAUGGAAAAGUGCAGUUAAAUCCCAUUAAUGGACAAAGUUUGCACGACGAGUUAGAAUCUGCAGCUAAGGACUUAAAAGCAAAACAAAAAGCUGAAUUGGAAAAAUUGAAAAGAGAAAAUUUAGAACAAUAUGCAAUCAAAGGAACAGAAACUGAUUGGAAUGAUGCACUUUCUGGAAAAAAAAGUAAGAAUCUUAUAUCUAUAAAAAGCGGAGAGAAGAGAGAAGAACAAGAUGAUAAUGUUUUGGAAAUUCCAAAGAAACAAUUUAAGAAAAAAAGAAGACAUUAGUCAAUGUAAACAUAAUUUAUAAAAUUUAAUAAAUAAACAAUUAUAUAU